ACCUCGACUGUACAUACUGCUUACGAGCUCGGGAGAAGUACAGCAAUCAUCUCUUGGACCAGGAAUCCGGACUCUCGCGUUUCGGUCACUCACUGUGCGAAAUCCGCUCUUCGAAACGUACCUGACCACCCGUGGCAACCGCGUGCAUGAACAACAGUAGUCUCCCGUGAUUUGCUGUCACUCCUGUUCACUCUCUACAAUUGUCAAUGUGAAGAGUCUGCGAAAAGGCAUUUUUCUAUUGGUCGUAUUCUUCUUUCCUAUUGUCAUCUGAAUACUCCGGAUUAUUGUCCCUUCCUAUUCAAGCAUGAUGCGCACGACAUUAAAAGGGCGCAACCAAGAAGUUGCUGCCUCUUAUGUCGCAAAUGCUCUGAAACAUUCAAUUCUUCGAUCAUUUCGCGCACUCAGCUCCUCGAACUGCGCCCACUGCAGGAACGUAGCCCUUAAAGAUUUCCUGGACAAAAAACGCCGGUUAAAACAAAUGGAAAACUCCAAGCAGGCACGCGCAAGGAGCCUCCCACCAGCUUCGAUCGCUUCUGAAACCAACCCUUCCAUCACACCUACUGUUCCGCGCACUUCUUCUCUGCCACCAGCACAGCCUGCUCAGGAAUCAUCGAAGCCCAGCAAGAAGAGAAGAAUCUCCGAGUCUGAGCCCCCGGAAGCAAAACCUCAGCAUCAGGCGAAGAAACCUCGCACGCAGGAACAGUCAUCAGCAAAGAAACCCGACCCUCAGUCUCAAGAGCCAGCCAGCCGUUCGCCAGCCACGGACGAGACCAAGCCCAUUGUACCUCAGAAGAAGGGGCUCAAGCAAGAGGCCGUCCCAAGCAAAGGAUCCAAGCCUGAGCAGGCGUCGACCAAGGGCAAGCUUUCGAAAUCAUCAGCUCCGCCUGCUUCCGGAAUCUCGAAAUCCUGGCCAUCAAACGUGGGCAAGCAAAAGAUCAAGGGCUUGUUCAACCCGGCUCAAUGGUGCUAUCGUCGUAGCGUGUUGCAGAGUCUGAUCGCGGUACCCCAGCUAUUCAAUCUUCUGGAUGAGUCGCACAAGAACUGCCCAAAGCAAGGCAGAUGCGUGACCUGCGCAAUGCGACAGCUUCUCCUUAGCUACCACUCCUCUUCUGGCGGUGUUGGCAGUCAGCUUGGUGCCCUCGACAACGCAAUCAGAGCAACCGGCAAGACAAGUGAUCCUCGUUGGAGUGCUGUAGGCCACACGCAAGAGGACAGCAACGAUUUCUUGCAAUAUCUGCUCGGCACCAUAGAGAAGGCCAAGGGCGUUCAGAAGGACCAGUUCUCAUCUCUCUUCGGCGUCAAGCACAAGAUCUCCUGGUCUUGCGAUGGCUGUAAGAAAACACACGUCCACAGCGAUCCACCCAACUUCAGUCUCAGUCUGCCGAUUCCGAAACAGUCUGGUACAGUCAACAUCACCGAUUGUCUGAACACAUACCACCGCGAGUCCAACGUUACCAUCCGCUGCGACAAAUGCAAGAAGAACUCCAAACGCACUCGCGUCUUCCAACUCGAUAAUGCACCUGAUGUCCUGCCAAUCCAACUGAUGCGCUUCGGUUUCGGCGCUCGUGGACCUACAAAGAACAAGCAGCACGUCGAAUACCCUGAAGAGCUCGACCUGGCUCGCUGGUCAUUGGACACCUCAAAGCCACUCAAGUACCGUCUUCAAGCCAUCGUCGCCCACUCUGGCACGCUAAAGUUCGGACAUUACAUCGCUUACGUUCGCGGCGCCGACGGCAUCAAAGAAAUUAGUGAUGACACGAUCAUGAACAGCAGUCCCAAAGAAUGGAAGAGACCAACAACCAAUUUCAACCCCUACAUCUUGGUCUACAUCAAGCAAUGAGCGAUGGUCGAGCAACUGUCGUUAUCGGGUUGCGUUUUUUUCCCCCGGAGUUUUGCAUAGCAGCAUUGCAUUGCUUCCUGUUUCUUUUGUUCAUAUAUGUCGUCGUACUUGGGCAUAGCAUUGCAUGGCGUAGCAUAGACCAAGUUUGGGUUCGAAGGGAACCCAUUGUUCCGUACAUAAUUUUCAAAUCGCUUACGCACUUUUCCACCAGA